AGUCGGCUGCUCCGGGGCCCGCAAGGUUGGGGAGUGAAUGAGCGGCUCACGCUAGUCUCCUCCCCGCCCACUCCCUCCACUUUCCGCCGCCGGGACCGGGCCGGGCGGGGGCUGGAGACUGCCGUGGCGGCAGCAGCCGCAGGAUGUUCUCCAAGAAGCCGCACGGGGACGUGAAGAAAUCUACCCAGAAGGUGCUGGACACCAAGAAGGACGCGCUGACCCGCCUCAAGCACCUGCGAUGCGUCAUCGAGAAUGCAGAGUCUAUCGAUCUUAAACAGUUUUUUGACCAGCAUUUUUCACAUAUCUAUUAUGUGUUCUUUGAGAAUUUUGUGACUAUUGAAGCUAGUCUUAAACAGAAAGGUCACAAGUCUCAAAGGGAGGAAUUGGAUGCUAUACUUUUUAUUUUUGAGAAAAUUUUACAACUUCUUCCAGAAAGAAUUCAUCAGCGAUGGCAGUUUCAUAGUAUUGGAUUGAUUUUAAAGAAACUACUUCACACAGGAAACUCCUUGAAGAUCAGGCGGGAAGGUGUUCGUCUUUUCUUAUUAUGGUUGCAAGCCCUUCAGAAUAACUGUAGCAAAGAACAGCUCUGGAUGUUUUCAUGCUUAAUCCCUGGAUUUUCAGCGCCACAAUCUGAAUAUGGACCGAGAACUUUAGAUAAUCUCAUUAAUCCUCCACUCAACCUUCAAGAAACUCAAGUUACUAUAGAGGAAAUUACUCCUCUUGUUCCCCCACAAUCAGGAGAUAAAGGACAAGAAGAUCUCACAAGCUAUUUUCUUGAAGCACUUUUAAAAUAUAUAGUAAUUCAGGUAAAAAGUUUAGAAUGGAAGAACAAAGAAAACCAAGAAAGGGGAUUUUCAUUUUUGUUUUCACAUUUUAAGAAAUACUACUUGCCUUAUAUUUUUCCAAACAUGUGCAAGGAGAACAGUUUAUAUCAUCCUGUACUUGAUAUCCCACAGAUGAGACCAAAGCCACAUUAUGUCAUGAUAAAGAAGGAUGCUGAAACCAAUGAAGCAAUAUAUUGUACAAAAGAGCCUUUCAUUAAGGCUCGUGUUAUUGUCAUGCGUUGGCUGGUUUCUUUCUGGCUUGAGCCAAAGCCACAUACAGGACCUCAUAUUCCUGGGAUGGAAGGUGAAGUCUUGCCAAAGAAUAUUCAGAGAGCAGCAGCUAGUUUGGUAUCCAGAGAAGAAAACAAAAAUGAUAAUACUGAUAAAACUGAUAGAACUACAGAACCAGAACAGUCUCAUUCUAAUACAAGCACUCUGACAGAGCGAGAACCUAGCUCAUCCAGUCUCUGUAGUAUUGAUGAAGAACAUCUCACAGACAUUGAAAUAGUUCGCAGAGUUUUUUCUUCUAAAAGAAGUAAUGUAAACUUUGUCACAGAGAUAUUUCGUCAGGCAUUUUUAUUACCAAUCUGUGAAGCAGCAGCAAUGAGAAAAGUGGUAAAAGUAUAUCAAGAAUGGAUUCAGCAAGAGGAAAAACCUUUGUUCAUGCAAGAGCCUGAAGAAAUUGUGAUUUCUUCUUCUGACUUACCUUGCAUUGACAAUGUCACAGACCAUGAUAUUUCAGUGGAAGAAGGAGAAAAGAGAGAAGAGGAAAAUGGGACCAAUAUUGCUGAUCAUGUUCGAAAUUCCACUUGGGCAAAAAACGGCACCUACCAAGAUGUUCUUCAUAAUGCCUCUGAAGAAGCCACAGAACAAAACAUACGGGCUGGUACCCAGGCAGUUUUGCAGGUGUUUAUUAUAAACUCAUCAAAUAUAUUUCUUCUUGAACCUGCAAAUGAAAUAAAAAGUCUUCUGGAUGAGCACACAGAUAUGUGUAAACGAAUUCUUAACAUUUAUCGGUUCAUGGUUGUGCAAGUAUCAAUGGACAAAAAGACUUGGGAACAGAUGCUGCUUGUGUUGCUCAGAGUCACGGAGUCUGUGCUGAAGAUGCCAUCACAAGCUUUUCUGCAGUUCCAGGGGAAAAAAAAUAUGACCUUGGCAGGUCGACUUGCAGGACCACUUUUCCAGACUCUUAUAGUUGCCUGGAUCAAAGCAAAUCUAAAUGUGUACAUUUCCCGAGAACUUUGGGAUGACCUACUCUCAGUCUUGUCAUCAUUGACCUAUUGGGAAGAGUUAGCCACUGAGUGGUCACUGACUAUGGAGACACUAACUAAAGUUUUAGCUAGAAAUUUAUAUAGUUUGGAUCUCAGUGAUUUACCUUUGGAUAAGCUGAGUGAACAGAAGCAAAAGAAGCACAAAGGGAAAGGAGUUGGACAUGAAUUUCAGAAAGUUUCAGUUGACAAGUCAUUUUCUAGAGGAUGGAGUCGUGAUCAGCCUGGCCAAGCCCCAAUGAGACAGAGAAGUGCAACAACCACUGGUUCCCCAGGAACUGAAAAGGCAAGGAGUAUAGUACGGCAAAAAACUGUUGAUAUUGAUGAUACUCAAAUACUUCCCCGCCCAAGUAGAGUCAGACAUUUUUCACAAAGUGAAGACACUGGGAAUGAAGUUUUUGGUGCUUUGAAUGAGGAACAGCCAUUGCCUCGAAGUAGCAGCACUUCUGACAUCUUGGAACCAUUCACUGUUGAACGAGCCAAAGUCAAUAAAGAGGACAUGAGCCCCAAACUGCCUCCUCUUAAUAGUGAUAUUGGCAGCAGCAAUGCUAAUGUUCCUGAUCUGAUGGAUGAAUUUAUAGCAGAACGACUUCGAAGUGGUAAUGCCUCUACUAUGACAAGAAGAGGAAGUAGCCCAGGCAGCCUUGAAAUUCCCAAAGACCUCCCUGAUAUUCUAAACAAGCAGAACCAAAUGCGCCCUAUUGAUGACCCAGGUGUACCUUCAGAAUGGACUUCUCCUGCCAGUGCAGGCAGCAGUGAUCUUAUCAGCUCAGAUAGUCAUUCGGAUUCUUUCAGUGCUUUCCAAUAUGAUGGCCGAAAAUUUGACAAUUUUGGCUUUGGAGCUGAUACUGGAAUUGCGUCCUCUGCUGAUAUGGAUUCAGGUUCUGGUCAUCAUCAGAGUGCUGAAGAGCAAGAAGUGGCUAGUCUGACCACGCUUCACAUAGAUUCUGAAACAAGCAGUCUAAAUCAACAAGCUUUCUCUGCUGAAGUUGCCACGGUUACUGGUUCAGAAAGUGCUUCUCCAGUUCAUUCAGCUCUGGGAUCCAGGUCACAAACACCUUCUCCUUCCACAGUGAAUAUAGAACAUAUGGAACAGAAAGAUCUGCAACUUGAUGAGAAGCUCCACCACUCUGUUCUUCAGACGCCAGAUGACCUAGAAAUCAGUGAGUUUCCAUCUGAAUGUUGUAGUGUGAUGGCAGGGGGUACUCUCACAGGAUGGCAUGCUGAUGUCGCUACUAUAAUGUGGCGAAGAAUGCUAGGCAUUUUGGGAGAUGUCAACGCUAUUAUGGAUCCUGAAAUACAUGCUCAAGUUUUUGAUUACCUCUGUGAACUUUGGCAGAAUUUAGCUAAGAUUAGAGAUAACCUCGGCAUUUCAACUGAUAACCUGACCUCCCCUUCUCCACCAGUUUUGAUUCCUCCACUGAGAAUUCUUACACCUUGGCUUUUCAAGGCAACCAUGUUGACUGAUAAAUAUAAGCAAGGUAAACUGCACGCUUAUAAACUUAUUUGCAAUACAAUGAAAAGAAGACAAGAUGUUUCUCCGAAUAGAGAUUUUCUGACACAUUUCUAUAAUAUAAUGCAUUGUGGAUUACUUCAUAUUGAUCAGGAUAUUGUCAAUACAAUCAUCAAGCACUGCUCACCUCAAUUUUUUUCACUUGGUUUGCCUGGUGCCACAAUGCUUAUUAUGGAUUUUAUUGUAGCAGCUGGCAGAGUGGCUUCAUCAGCUUUUCUCAAUGCACCAAGAGUGGAAGCACAAGUUCUUCUGGGAUCUUUGGUUUGCUUUCCUAACUUAUAUUGUGAAUUGCCUGCUCUUCAUCCCAAUAUUCCUGAUAUUGCUGUGUCUCAGUUUACAGAUGUUAAGGAACUUAUAAUCAAAACUGUACUAAGCUCAGCAAGAGAUGAGCCCUCUGGUCCUGCACGAUGUGUAGCACUUUGCAGUUUAGGUAUUUGGAUUUGUGAAGAACUGGUCCAUGAGUCUCAUCAUCCGCAAAUUAAGGAAGCUCUGAAUGUAAUUUGUGUUUCCUUAAAGUUUACUAAUAAAACAGUAGCCCAUGUAGCUUGUAACAUGCUUCAUAUGCUGGUUCAUUAUGUGCCUAGACUUCAAAUUUACCAGCCUGACUCUCCCUUGAAAAUUAUUCAAAUCCUGAUAGCCACUAUUACCCAUCUUUUGCCAAGUACAGAAGCUUCAUCUUAUGAAAUGGACAAGAGGUUGGUGGUAUCUUUACUUCUGUGCCUUCUGGACUGGAUCAUGGCCUUACCUCUAAAGACACUGCUCCAACCAGUCCAUGCUACAGGAACAGAAAAUGAUAAAAUAGAAAAAUCUGUCCUCAAUUGCAUUUAUAAGGUAUUACAUGGAUGUGUUUAUGGAGCUCAGUGUUUUAGCAAUCCAAGGUAUUUUCCAAUAAGCCUAUCAGACUUGGCAUCUGUAGAUUAUGAUCCUUUUUUGCAUUUGGAAAGUCUGAAAGAACCUGAACCUCUGCACUCUCCUGAUUCAGAACGAUCUUCCAAACUCCAACCAGUAACAGAAGUGAAAACUCAGAUGCAACAAGGACUGAUUUCUAUAGCUGCUCGCACUGUUAUUACACAUCUGGUAAAUCACUUGGGCCAUUAUCCAAUGAGUGGUGGUCCUGCUAUGUUAACAAGUCAGGUGUGUGAAAAUCAUGACAAUCAUUACAGUGAAAGUACUGAACUUUCUCCUGAACUCUUUGAGAGUCCAAAUAUCCAGUUCUUCGUGUUGAACAAUACAACUUUAGUGUCUUGUAUUCAGAUCAGAUCAGAAGAGAGUAUACCUGGAGGAGGCUUAUCUGCUGGUCUUGCAUCAGCUAAUUCAAAUGUCAGGAUCAUAGUACGUGAUCUUUCUGGAAAAUAUUCAUGGGAUUCUGCCAUCCUGUAUGGACCACCUCCUGUAAGUGGCUUGUCAGAACCUACAUCUCUCAUAUUUUCAUUGUCUCACCAAGAGAAGCCAGAAGAGCCUCCUACAUCUAAUGAAUGCUUGGAAGAUAUAACAGUAAAAGAUGGGGUUUCCUGCCAGUUUAAAAGAUUUAGAGAAACUGUACCAACUUGGGAUACAAUCAGAGAUGAAGAAGAUGUUCUUGAUGAGCUUUUGCAGUAUUUAGGUGUGACUAGUCCUGAAUGCUUACAGAGAACUGGAAUUUCACUUAAUAUUCCUGCUCCACAACCUGUGUGCAUUUCUGAAAAACAGGAAAAUGAUGUUAUUAAUGCCAUCCUUAAGCAACAUACAGAGGAGAAAGAAUUUGUUGAGAAACACUUUAAUGACUUAAAUAUGAAAGCUAUGGAGCAAGAUGAACCAGCACCCCAAAAGCCUCAGUCAGCAUUUUAUUAUUGCAGAUUGCUUCUUAGUAUAUUGGGAAUGAAUUCCUGGGACAAAAGGAGGAGCUUUCAUCUGCUGAAGAAAAAUGAAAAACUACUUAGAGAACUUAGGAACUUGGAUUCAAGACAGUGCCGAGAGACACAUAAGAUUGCAGUAUUUUAUGUGGCUGAAGGACAAGAAGAUAAACAUUCCAUUCUCACCAACACAGGAGGAAGUCAAGCAUAUGAAGAUUUUGUAGCUGGUCUUGGUUGGGAGGUAAAUCUUACAAACCAUUGUGGUUUCAUGGGAGGACUACAAAAAAACAAAAGCACUGGAUUGACCACGCCAUAUUUUGCUACCUCUACAAUGGAAGUAAUAUUUCAUGUAUCAACAAGAAUGCCUUCUGAUUCUGAUGACUCUUUAACCAAAAAAUUGAGACAUUUAGGAAAUGAUGAAGUACACAUUGUUUGGUCAGAGCAUACUCGAGACUACAGGAGAGGAAUUAUUCCUACAGAAUUUGGUGAUGUCCUAAUUGUAAUAUAUCCAAUGAAAAAUCACAUGUUCAGUAUCCAGAUAAUGAAAAAACCAGAGGUUCCCUUCUUUGGUCCACUGUUUGAUGGUGCCAUUGUGAAUGGAAAGGUCCUACCCAUUAUGGUUCGAGCAACAGCUAUAAAUGCAAGCCGUGCUCUGAAAUCGCUGAUUCCACUGUAUCAAAACUUCUAUGAAGAGAGAGCGCGAUACCUGCAAACAAUUGUCCAGCACCAUUUAGAACCAACAACAUUUGAAGAUUUUGCAGCACAGGUUUUCUCUCCAGCUCCCUACCAUCAUUUACCAUCUGAUGCCGAUCAUUAAAUAUCAGUUCUGUUUAUCCAAAGGCUCCUACCCAGAGAUUCUACCCAGUGAAACUCCCACAGCAACGCAGGUAGAUGGGGCUGACCUGGCCUCUCCAAUGUCUCCUCGAACUAGCAAAAGCCGUAUGUCCAUGAAGCUGCGUCGUUCCUCUGGCUCAGCCAAUAAAUCCUAAGGAGACAGCAGCCCAGCAGAGAUCAGCAGUAGCCACCUUAGCAUGAACAUAGUGUUAACUCUUUCGGGCCCUUAUGUUUGCCAUAACAUGCAUGUUCCUUCUGAACAUUUAUUGUAAAAACAAACAAACAAACAAACAACACUGGAUUUAAAUAAUUUGUAACUUAAUAUUUCAGAUUUGAGUUGUUUAUUCAGUUGGUUUUCCCCCCCACACUCCAAACUGCCUGGGGGGUGGGGCGAGUUUUAUUUAAUACCCCUUCACCUUUCUAGAUAAUUAUGUCUAAGAAGUUUUACUUUUAAUUUCAUGAUUAACUUUGAACCAAAAUAUAAUUGGACAGCUAGUCUCAUUAUUUUAUUUAUCAUGCCCCUUUGCAACUUUAUGGGCUCAGUAAAUAUCUAAUUUUAAUUACAAAUGUAAAUUUUUAAAUGGAAGCAUUUGUAAAGUUAUAGCAAAAGUUGCAAAUCUGUUAAUACACAGGAUGUGUAUGGAUUACUUAUGUUAUGAAAAUAAAACACAAAAUAAAUGGUCUUUUAUUUAGCAUCUCAAAUUCUAACUGAAAUAAUUUUAGUGUUAACUUUUUCUUCCCGAAGCAAUGCCUCGUUUCUUGGCUGUGUGGUGACUCCAUAACAUAUCUAAUAACCAGAAAAUCACUGUGCUGAACUUUGAUUUAUGUUUAGCUUCAAUAUUUUUCUAAUGUUUUGCUUUUUAAAUGGUAUCACUGUUAAAUGCCAUUUUUUUUUUAGAUUGUGGCCCUUUAUUAUUAGCUGGUGGAUCCUGGUGUAUCUGUGUUCUUUCUUAAGUACCAAAAAGAGGGAACUUGGGAGGAAGAAAGAAAAGAAGGAGAACACUUUUCUGAUAUAAAUGUGUUAAUUAUGUGUAUUUUUUAAAAAAGGAACAUGACCUGGGAGUCUAAAUUAAAUCUAAUAUUGUUAAUACUGAACUUGCAGAUGCAGGUUGGUAUACAUUCCACUCUCCAGAAGUAUUUUCCUACAGUAGAUAAGCUGCUCACAUUCUGCUCUUAUUUUGUUUUGAAUGGGCAUCUCCUAAGGAAAUGUAGCAUGACAUUGGUACUAACUGCAUGUGUAAAUACAUCAUACCAACAAACUAUAAAAUAUAAAUUAUGUAUUAUCAUUCAUGUAUCUACAAAUUUGUAACAGUGAAAAAUAUAUAUAUGGUAUUUAGUAAUACAAUAAAAAUAUUAUCACUUA